CCGCCACGUGUAUAACAGCCACAUAUUCAUACCUCGCAGAGAGAGGCUAUAAACAAAGGAGCCACCUUUGGAGUUCGUCGAAACAUUCAUGCUCUAUUUCGGAUAGUUCCGAGUUGUCUAAAGCUUAUUGGACUGAUUAAUGGAGGAGGCAGUACUGACGAAGGCAGAAGCCGAAACGCCAACAGCGGCUCCACCUCUGGCUUCUGUAAUUGAUGUUCCAAACAAUGCAGCAGAUGAGAAAGCUGUGGUUCUAGCACCAGAACCCAAAGCUAUUGUGGAGAAGACUCCAGACGCUGUGGUGAAGGGAGCUUCAAAGGGUUCACUUGAUAGAGAUAUUGCUUUGGCAGAGGUUGAGAAGGAAAAGAGGACAUCUAUUAUCAAGGCCUGGGAAGAAAGCGAGAAAACUAAGGCAGAAAACAAGGCUCAAAAGAAGUUUUCUGCUGUUGCUGCAUGGGAAAACACCAAGACAUCAUCUGCUGAAGCCAAGCUAAGAAAACUUGAGGAAAAGCUAGAGAAGAAGAAGGCAGACUAUGGAGAGAAAACAAAGAACAAAGCCGCUAUGAUUCACAAACAAGCAGAAGAAAAGAGGGCAAUGGUUGAAGCUACUCGUAGAGAAGAAAUUCUCAAGGCAGAGGAGACGGCUGCAAAAUAUCGAGCAACUGGUUACACUCCAAAGAAGUUCCUUGGCUGCUUUUGAAGCACUCUUGUGUCUGUAAAACAACAUUAAAAGGUCUUUCCGGUUUUGUUUUUUUUCUUAUAUCUGUAUAUUUCUUUCUUGUUUGUUCACAAUAUGUUGUUUUUGUAUGUCAACUGAUUGGGAAAUCAGCAAAAGUUGUAAUAUUUUACUUGAAUACAUAUAAAAUGUUUGAUUCGAUGAACGAUUUUGACCUUUUUCAUUUA